GAAGUAAAGUGUCAAAUAAAUAAACAAAAAAAUAAUUUACUCAAGAACUUUGUAGAAUGAAUUUUUUCUGAAUCGUUUUCCAAUAAACAAUGGCUUCGUUAAAACAAUUUGAAUUACAACAACAAAUAAAGGAGAACUCUCAAGGACUUGCGAACACAAUCAGUGAAUUGCAUAAAUGGGAGAAAGAUAUCAAACGAAAAUCGUCGCCAAAUUGCCAGACAAAGAAAAAUGAGAAUGCGUAUCCCAUCCGAAGUCAUAACCAAAAUGUAAUUAGCAAUGGACACCCGAAACAGUCUGAAGCCCAUACGGCAGAGCCAAACCAAAAUGGUGUCUCGUCCACAACUGCAAUGGAUGCAAGUUCAUACAAAGAUUUGGGCAACAAAUCCGUCAAAAACAAUGACUACAAAACGGCCAUUCAGCACUACACUAAAGCCAUCGAGAUGAAAGAGGAUCCAGUGUUUUACAGUAACCGUGCGCUCUGCUUUCUGAAAUUGGAACAAUACGCCGAUUGUAUUGACGAUUGUUCAAAGGCUGUUCAGCUAGAUCCCAAACUGGUAAAAGGAUUUUACAGACGAAUGCAAGCCAACGAAGUCCUUUGUAAUUUCGAUUUGGCAUUGAGCGACUGCAAAGAAGUUAUUAAAUUAGAUCCAAAAAAUGCGGACGCUAUUCGAGCCAAUCAAAGACUAUCACAACGCAUCGCAGGCAAAAAUCUAUCUCAGUUACCAUCCAAUACGAACUUUUUAUCGUGGUCGAAACUUGAUUCGUCCGUGAAGGAUGUUUCAUUCAUACAAAAACCGCCACAUUUACGAUCAAAGAAACCGUUGCGCCGAAUCCAAAUUAAUGAGCCACUGCCGACCAACAACUGCACUCCGCCCGAUAAAAAAUCCAAAGACGAAGAAAAUGAGGCAUUCAAAAUUGUUGCUGAUCAAAUGUCCAAUGCUUCGGCCGAUAAGAUUGUGACAGUGAUUCCAUUGGAGCCUCCCAAUUCGAGUGCACAGUUUUACCGAGCUUGGAGGGAAUUAUCCGAUGAUCGGCAAAAAUAUUCGUAUCUGAAGAUGAUUGAAGAGACUGCAUUCAGCAAACUACUCGGUCUACUCGACAGCGAAAUGUUGAAAGAUUUGUUGAAAAUUUUAAGUGAAAACUUUGUCCGUGAUAACCUACCCGUAAGUGGAAUACUCAAGCAGAUUAUCGUCAACGAUGAGUUCAAGAUUUUAAAAAUGUUGAUGGAUACCGAGGACCGAAACGCUUUUGAAAAAUUACUUAAAUAUAUCGAGUCCAACGAGCCCAACACUGGCGAUUUGGCAUUUAUAACAAAUAAAUAUUUCGAUUGAAUGUACCCGGGAAAAUAGAGAAUAAAUCUCCGUGCAUUUUUGUGACAUAAA